CUAGUUUACGCCCACAACUGUUGUGUUCUCGCGUGAACUUGUGUCCCACGUCAUCGUCCCCUUCUAGGGGCCCUAGUAACAUCGGUGGCGUCUUGGGGAGAUAAAGCAACAAGAUGGGUUUGCUGUCAAUCCUUCGGAAGCUAAAGAGCACACCAGAUCAGGAGGUUCGGAUCUUGUUGCUGGGUUUGGACAACGGGGGAAAGACCACUCUGCUGAAACAACUGGCUUCCGAGGACAUCAGUCACAUCACCCCCACACAGGGCUUCAACAUAAAGAGUGUUCAGUCUCAGGGUUUUAAGUUGAACGUGUGGGACAUUGGGGGACAGAGGAAGAUCAGACCCUACUGGAGAAACUACUUUGAGAACACUGAUGUACUGAUUUACGUCAUCGACAGUGCAGACAGAAAAAGAUUUGAGGAGACUGGGCAGGAGCUGGCUGAGCUGUUGGAUGAGGAGAAGCUGAGUGGGGUUCCAGUGCUGAUAUUUGCCAACAAGCAGGACCUGCUGACGGCAGCCCCAGCCUCUGAGAUCGCUGAAGGACUUAACCUGCACACCAUCCGGGACCGCGUCUGGCAGAUCCAGUCCUGCUCUGCCCUCACCGGGGAGGGGGUACAGGACGGAAUGAACUGGCUCUGCAAGAGUGUCAAUGCUAAGAAGAAGUAGCACAGAUGUCCGUUUUCACACACCCUGAGCCUUUGGGAGGACAGGGUGUACCUGUGAAUGUACACACUACAUCAACAUGGACUUGAAGAGAGUUUUUAACCGCCUGGCUGGUCUCUACACAUUGUUUACUAAACUACAACUCUCGCUAGAACUACAACUUCCAUGUUGUUCUUCAAAAUGGAGUGGGGGUACAAAGGGAACUCAUCUCAGGAGACCAGAGACGCCCCUCCCUGUCCUAACCAUCCCACCUCCACCCUGUCAAGACACUCCACCUCAGCCUAACCAUCCCACCUCAAACCCUGUCAAGACACUCCACCUCAGCCAAACCAUCCCACCUCCACUCCUUCAAGACACUCCACCUCAGCCUAAACAUCCCACCUCCACUCCUUCAAGACACUCCACCUCAGCCUAAACAUCCCACCUCCACUCCUUCAAGACACUCCACCCUAAGACAUUCCACCCCAGCCUAACCAUCCCACCUCAAACCCUGUCAAGACACUCCACCUCAGCCUAACCAUCCCACCUCCACCCUGUCAAGACAUUCCACCUCAGCCUAACCAUCCCACCUCCACUUCUUCAAGACACUCCACCUCAGCCUAACCAUCCCACCUCCAUCCUGUCAAGACAUUCCACCUCAGCCUAACCAUCCCACCUCCACUCCUUCAAGACACUCCACCUCAGCCUAACCUUCCCACCUCCACUCCUUCAAGACAUUCCACCUCAGCCUAACCUUCCCACCUCCACUCCUUCAAGACACUCCACCCCAGCCUAACCAUCCCACCUCCACUCCUUCAAGACACUCCACCCUAAGACAUUCCACCCCAGCCUAACCAUCCCACCUCCACUCCUUCAAGACAUUCCACCCAAGCCUAACCAUCCCACCUCCACUCCUUCAAGACAUUCCACCCCAGCCUAACCAUCCCACCUCAAACCCUGUCAAGACACUCCACCCCAGCCUAACCAUCCCACAUCCACCCCUUCAAGACAUUCAACCCCAGCCUAACCAUCCCACCUCAAACCCUGUCAAGACAUUCCACCCCAGCCUAACCAUCCCACCUCCACCCCUUCAAGACACUCCACCCUAAGACAUUCCAGAUCUUGAUACUGUCCUUCACCACAAUAUUAGCCUAUUCACUCACUCUUUACAGGUUGCCCUGGAAACCCAGCUCUCUCUCUCUCCUAGCUUGGGUGCCAGUCUCGUGAGCUUACAUUCCACUCCUUGUACUCUGUGUCAUAUUCCAAAGCAUGACAGGGCUGGAUUGAUAGCCAAAGAGACUGUUAUCCAGACUACCUUUCUCCCCCUCUCAUCCUUUCUCAUCACUCUCUCCCUCAUAUUCUCCUUCAUUCAGUUGUUGUUUUUAAUUCCAUGACAAGCUCCUUUCUUGCUGCAGUUGUGUUUGAAGUGAGGUAUAUUUUUGUAAUUCUUUAUUUAUGGUAAAGUAGAGGGUAAUAGUGUACUGUGAGAUGCUCGCAAACAACAGAAACAGUGUGUGGUUACUAGAACGACAGGGAAACAUUGAAUACUGUGCUUUACUCCCCCGUGUAAAGGUUACGCGUGUUAAUAUGUUAAAAACAAUACAAAUAAAUAAGAUAUAUAACAAGACAAAUAAUCUGGGCUAAUCUGAAAUGGCACCCUGUUACCUAAACAAUGAACUAGUUUCGGCCACAGCACAUUUGAGUAGAGCACUACAUAGCGAAUAGUGUGCCAUUUCGGACAGCUUAUUCAAUCAAAUGGAAAAAAUACCAAUUUUUUGAUGAUCAAUUAAGCAAUAAAGCACGAGGGGGUGUGGUAUAUGGACAAUAUACCACUGCUUAGGGCUGUCCUUAAACACAACGCAUCGCAGAGUGCCUGGACACAGCCCGUAGCCGUGGUAUAUUGGCCAUAUAUCACAAACCCAGAUGUGCAUUAUUGCUAUUAUAAACUGGUUACCAACGUAAUUAGAACAGUAAAAAUACAUGUUCUGUUAUACCCGUGGUAUAAGGUCUGAUAUACCAUGGCUGUCAGCCAAUCAGCAUUUAGGGCUCAAACCACCCCGUUUAUAAUUGUAUAUAACCAUAUAACCCCUAUUCAUAUGUUAUGUGCAUAUAGUAGAGUGUGUAUUAGACCUGUACUAUGUAAUCUAUCAUAUCUGCAUAUGUCAUAGGUGUUGAUCGAUUUUAACAGGGUGUAUAUGACAAAGUUUUUCUCGGUGUGAUGCAUUGUCUUUGGUUUUAGAGGGCAUUUUCACAAAAGGCUUUUUCCUCUUGAAUGUGAUCUGUCCAAGGAUUGAAGGUACGUGAAUAAAAUGUGAGGGG